CUGUGACCCUAUUCUGUCCUUCCACAUCUCCCUCACCUGUCCACCCCCUUCUUCACACUUCAGCAUACCACCCCCUCGCUCUGUUCUCUACCCUCCUGGUUGCAACCUCAGAAACUGGCUUCCUUUCUAUUUUUAUCUUACCUCAGAGAACCUACUACCUUAGAACACAAAGCCUUACUUUCUUCAGGCUACUAAAACUGCAAAAUCAAAUACAACCCCAUAUUCCUCUUUCAAGGCUCUAAAACCAAGACCCUUACCAAGCUGGGCCCGACAGAUACGGCCAAGGGCAAGGAUUACUUCCUAUGGUCAAGACUUCCCUACUGGCCUUUGAUUCCCAAUCUUUCCCACACACUACAAAUGUGAAGCACACAGCACACUCUGGGCAUAGCACAAAAGGCACUCGGUAAGCUUUGCAAUCACAACACAAAAUGGGCAUAACAUUUAAAAAAUCAAAGUGAACUGAAAUUAUCUGUAAGAUUUCUGUGAUUCCUUUUGGGGUAACUGGAAACAUUAGAAGAUGGAAGAACAACCCGGGACUGGAAAUCUCUGCUUUAGGUAACAUUUCACUAGAUCAGAUGCCAGGACUCUCCUCCCACGUGGGCACGGAGGCCAGAUAUUAUUAAGCGGCAGCAACAGGUUUCUUUUAAAACAAAAAAAAAAUUUUUUUUUAAUUGUUAAGACAGGUCUGCUACAGCCUGGAGCCUCUAACAAAUCCACAAGAAACUAGAGAUCACGUUACGGUAGCUGGUGGGCAAUUCAAUCGCGUCUUGGCUGGCACUCUCCAGGGCCCACCCGGCGGGGCCAGCGGCCUUCCUUGCUGCCCAUAAAGAAACUGGUGAGAGUGAGGCCUCUAGUCCUUGAAGACCACGGAGACGGGUGGCUCAAAUACACCCUCCGUAGGCUACUGCCUGGCUUCCCCCUGCUCUCCCUUAGAAACGGCAAGGCACGGACUCGCCCUCGGUGCAGGGGCUUCGCACUUUCCUUCUCAAAGACCAAUUAAUUCUCGCCUCCCGCUGAAGGCGGGAGAAGCGCGGGCUUUCUCCCUGCCCCUCCCCCAGCAGGGGCAAAACUCGCCCCUCUGGAGGCCAGGGUGGUGCACUCUUCUCCCAGAAGACCGCUGCCCACACCCAACCAGCUGGAGCCAAGACCCUGCUCUCCCGUACGGGUUGGGAUGGGGUAGGGAGGCGGAUCAUCCUCUCCCUCCCCAGCCAGCGAGGCGCGGCGGAAAGACUGCGAUCUUCUCCCUAGCAACAGUCUUCCCCCUAAGUAGAGCAGGGGGCAGAGGCAUCACCCACCUACACCCAUUUCCCCCAUCCCACCCCAAUGGGCAGGGAGAACAGACAUCACUCCCAGCCUCUCAGGUGACCAAACAGCCUCCCUUUUCCUCAUCUGGGUGAAGGGCAUCUGUCACCCGCCGACGUAGAGGCGGGGGCCAGAAACAGUACUCCCGGCCAUCACCUCAGAAACCAAAACGAGCCCUCCUACCAGUAGGGCGAGGGCCUCCCAACCCUUCGACUGGGCGGACGCCGUGCGUACGCCCCAAGAGAAGCAACAGGCACCCCCAACCCCCUCCCAGCCGAGGAACGCCGAUCCCCUCGUCCCUCCGCUCUUCACCUCCAGAAGCCGGGCCGAAGCCUGGGCGAACAACUGUACCUCACUCCGCCCCCUGCGCCAUUUUAUUGCCCCCUCCCCGACCUCCCCCACCCAGAAGCAGCCGGGGCAGCGCCAGGGGGAGGGCAAACAAGCGGUGAUUGGCAGGAAACCGCCCCGCCUCUCAGAGGGUUCCGCGCCCCGCGCAGGCGCCGUAACCCCGCCCUUCGCAGCAACUACGCGACCUACUGGCUCCACCCAUUCCCAUCUCAUCGACCCGCUCGACUCUCCGCUGCUCCUGACUCCCAGCUGCUACCGGGCGGAGAAGGGCCCAGACCAAGCAAGCGGAGCAACGAUCUCACCUGAUGCAACCUGUCUAGACCCGCGUGACAGUUCCUGGCACACCGCGGCGGCGGCGACUAACGGGCGCGGGCGCUGGGCUCAGCGCGCGAGGUAGGGGCGGCGGAACCAUGGGGGACGCUCCGAGCCCUGAGGAGAAGCUGCAUCUUAUCACCAGGAACCUGCAGGAGGUUCUGGGGGAAGAAAAGCUGAAGGAGAUCCUAAAGGAGCGGGAACUUAAGGUUUACUGGGGAACAGCAACCACAGGCAAGCCACAUGUGGCUUACUUUGUGCCCAUGUCUAAGAUCGCAGACUUCCUGAAGGCAGGUUGUGAGGUAACAAUUCUGUUUGCGGACCUUCACGCAUACCUAGAUAACAUGAAAGCCCCAUGGGAACUUCUAGAACUCCGAACCAGCUACUAUGAGAAUGUGAUCAAGGCAAUGCUGGAGAGCAUUGGUGUGCCCUUGGAGAAGCUCAAGUUCAUCAAAGGCACUGACUACCAGCUCAGCAAAGAGUACACACUAGACGUGUACAGACUCUCUUCUGUGGUCACACAGCAUGAUGCCAAGAAAGCUGGAGCUGAGGUGGUAAAGCAGGUGGAGCACCCUUUGCUGAGUGGUCUGCUGUACCCUGGACUGCAGGCCUUGGAUGAAGAGUAUUUGAAAGUAGAUGCUCAAUUUGGAGGCAUUGAUCAGAGAAAGAUUUUCACCUUUGCAGAGAAGUACCUCCCUGCACUGGGCUACUCAAAACGGGUCCAUCUGAUGAAUCCUAUGGUCCCAGGAUUGACUGGCAGCAAAAUGAGCUCUUCAGAAGAGGAGUCCAAGAUUGAUCUCCUUGAUCGGAAGGAGGAUGUGAAGAAAAAACUGAAAAAGGCCUUCUGCGAGCCAGGGAAUGUGGAGAACAAUGGAGUUCUGUCCUUCAUCAAGCAUGUCCUCUUUCCCCUCAAAUCUGAAUUUGUGAUCCUUCGAGAUGAGAAAUGGGGUGGAAACAAAACCUACACGGCUUACUUCGACCUGGAGAAGGACUUUGCUGAUGAGAUUGUCCACCCAGGAGACCUAAAGAAUUCUGUUGAAGUCGCCCUGAACAAGUUACUGGAUCCCAUCCGGGAGAAGUUUAAUACUGCUGCACUGAAGAAACUUGCCAGUGCUGCCUACCCAGAUCCCUCAAAGCAGAAGCCAGUUGCCAAAGGUCCUGCCAAGAAUUCAGAACCAGAAGACAUCAUCCCAUCCCGGCUGGAUAUCCGUGUGGGGAAAAUCAUCAGUGUGGAGAAGCACCCAGAUGCAGACAGCUUGUAUGUGGAGAAGAUUGAUGUAGGGGAAGCGGAACCACGGACUGUGGUGAGCGGCCUGGUGCAGUUUGUGCCCAAGGAGGAACUGCAGGACAGGCUGGUGGUGGUGCUGUGCAAUCUGAAACCCCAGAAGAUGAGAGGAGUCGAGUCCCAAGGCAUGCUUCUGUGUGCUUCUAUAGAAGGAGUAAGCCGCAAGGUUGAACCUCUGGACCCUCCUGCAGGCUCUGCUCCUGGAGAGCGAGUGUUUGUGAAGGGCUAUGAGAAGGGCCAACCAGAUGAAGAGCUCAAGCCCAAGAAGAAAGUCUUUGAGAAGUUGCAAGCUGACUUUAAAAUUUCUGAGGAGUGCAUCGCACAGUGGAAGAAAACCAACUUCAUGACCAAGCUGGGGCACGUCUCUUGUAAAUCGCUGAAAGGGGGGAACAUUAGCUAGCCCGCCUGGCAGCUGCCUCCCUCCUUCCAUCAUCCCGAGUCAUCUGCUGCCUCCUUAGUUUGCUCCGUCCGUCAUCCAUCUACCUAUCUCCCAGGACACUGAAGCAGCAGGUUUGGGACUCUUUGGGACUGCUUAGGUGCAGAAUUCAUAAGGGGCAGCUCACCCUCCCCAGAAUCCGGGAUCAUCUUGUCUGGCUGCCUUCAGGGCUGACCUCCCAGGCAGUAAUAGGGCAGGACAGCAGCAGGGAGUCCAGCUCUACCUUCUUCCCUUGGCAGCUGACUUUGAGAAUCUGGUUCCAAUAUAACUCACAGAAAAAGCUUAUGCCACAGUCCUUCUAAUUGGAAAAGCAUUGGUUCCCAGGUUUUCCAGGAGUUAUUCCAGCAGCUGUGCCUCUGGCUAAGAUCUGGUGCCUGGACUGGACUAAUGACACCUUCUCCCCAACAAGAAAUUGUGGGAUUUGAAAAGGAAAAGGAAGGGAAAGCAGAGAACCUAGUGGUCUACCAAGUGGUUGGCAUCGUUCCCUGAUGCCUGCCAACCCUGAGGCUUGGCACUGGAGGGCAGGGCCUGCCUCAGAGCUCCUGGAAUUUCCAUGGAUCUUAUUAGGUUGGGACACUCCCUAAACCAGCUGUGUGUUGCUCGCAUCAAGGGUGGAGUGGCUGGCACAGCGUGGUUCUCCAGAGGGUGGAGUACUCCAUAAGGCUUCUCAAUCAGAAUCGCGUUACCUAUCUAUCUCUGUAAUGAAUUCAAAUAAAAUGUCUGAUCAAGGG